GCCGCUCUUUUUAGUGACAUUUCACAGAAACUUGACACCAGAUAGUUAGGUUAUGGUGUCCGAGUAGUCCCCAAUUCCGAUUAAAAUGUUACGAAUAAUUUCGAAUCUUCGACUUCUGAACUCAUUUCCCGAGAAUAUGCACAAUUGUCAACCCGUGCGGUGGCGGCGCAAGCCCAUGUGGUUGCCCACGGCCAAAAGCAAGGUCUUCAGAGUGCCCCCAAGGCCCCAAAUUUCGGAGGAAGAAGACAAUGAAUUGAAACGACUGAACAACAACUAUCGUACGGCAAUGAACUCAAUUCGGAGAUAUUUAACCAAUCGAUACAGCGUUAAACUGCAAGCGAAGGCUGACACGGAACAGUUGAAAAAAGCGUUUGAAGAGGAUUUGGCGCGAUGUAAAGCUAUAAACGAUGAAUGGAAUGCGGAAUUGGAGAAGGUGAGGAACGAACGGAUAGCGAAACAAUUGGAGGAAGAUAUAAAAUUCGCGGAAAAUCGCAAACUGGAAUUGUUGAAACGGGAAGAGGAAAUGUUGGCACAGGCUGAAGAGAUUGUCAGGAAGGAGAAGGAGUUGGUAGGGACGUUUAUCACGCCUGAGAUGUUAGAUGAAGCUAUUGAGAAUGCGAUUAAUAAUCCGGUGGAUUAUAACUUUGCUAUUGAUUUAGAAGGGAAUAAAAUCCUAGGGCGGGAAACCACACCAGUGGAAAAAGCUCAAGUAAAACAAUAGGUUUAGCAAUAGAAAUGUUUUAUUUUAUAAAUUACAAAACUUAAUAAAUUAUCACGAAAAUAA